AUGUUAUUGCCCAAGCAGAUCCACCUCUCCCUUCUUAAAAAUAAAGAUGACAUUCAUCGCGUUGUAGCAAUGGAGGCAGCAUCAUAUCCAACAAAUGAAGCAGCUUCCGAAGCAUCAAUUCGCUUUCGCCAGAAAAAUGCUGGUUCGUUCUUUUACGUGGCAUACAAGUGUUCAACCGACAAGACCGUCAUAGGUUUCAUAAAUGGCACACUGACGAGCAAAGAUACACUGGAUCAUGACAGUAUGAGUCAUCAUGACGCUCAAGGAUCGCUCCUUUGUAUUCACUCAGUGGUAGUCGAUCAAAUCUUUCGUCGUCAAGGAAUCGCUACAGAAAUGCUCAAGCAAUACGUGAAAUCGAUUGCCACCUCUUUUCCUCAAAUUAAACGUAUAAUGCUCAUUUCAAAGGCUCAUUUGGUCACAUUUUAUGAAAAAUGUGGCUUUUCAAUCACGAGGACGUCGCCAAUUGUCCAUGGCCAAGAUCCGUGGCUCGAACUUGAGCUAAUAUUGUAA